AAAGCACGUUUUCUUUUAUUGAGCUUUGUACGUCGUAGGAGCGAGGCGUCACUCCGUCGGUCGUUGUCUUCGUGCGGCUGCCACACUACCUACCACCUGCAUCUAUCCUGGAACCAUGAAAAGUGCACUUAUCAUUCUUUCUUGCUGUAUCGUUUCAGCACUGUCUCUUGCGCGACAUGGAAAGCCCCCAGCGACCAUGGCUCCCGCUCAAGGGUUUUCUCCAAAACCUGACCCUAGCCCAACGGGCAAGCUGACUACACCGGCCGCCAACGCCACAACCGGCUCUGUUUCCACGACAACCAGCGCAACAACCGCUCUCGCACCCAUCACCAAUACGACCUCACCCGCACCCAUCACUAACACGACCUCACCCGCACCCAUCACCAAUACGACCUCACCCGCACCCAUCACUAACACGACCUCACCCGCACCCAUCACUAACACGACCUCACCCGCACCCAGCACCAGUACGACCACCGCGCCUCCCACCAUGACUCCACCCAAGCCCAACCCGCCUGCCGACUUGAUUGCGGGAGACUACCGGCUGAUGAAGGGCAAAAUCGUUUGCCUGAUGGCCCAUGUGGCCCUGCAGCUCCGACUCGAGACACCGAAGGCCAGCGGGACGUUCGUCGUGCAGCCCAAUAAGACCCGAGCCGUUGGAGAGUGUCAGGAGAACCGGGCUAACCUCACGCUGGUCUUCGAGGAGGGUUUCAUCACCUUCAUGUUCAACAAGAGCUCCGCCGAAAACAUCGCCUACGUCGACACUUUGCUGUUCAACCUCACCUACCCCUUGAGCAACGCCAGCGGACAUUAUGCCGCCGCCAACAUGUCAUUGCGCGCCUUCCCCGCCAAGAUUGGCCACUCGUACGCGUGCAGGAGCGACUCUGUCUACAUGGGAAAGGGUUUAUAUGUGGACGUCAAGGAUGACCGCAUGCAGGCCUUCGAUCUGACCCCGAGCGGCGAAUUUGGCGUCACCGACCACUGUGCGGCCGACCAGCCCGAUUAUAGCGUGGCCAUCGGGGUGGGCGUGACGCUGCUGGUGCUGAUCUUGGUGGUGGUGGUGGUCUACCUGCUGGGCCGCAAGAGGAGGACGGACGGCUACCAGCCACUGUGAGAACCUGCCGCAGAUACGGCCUUCACGGUGUAAAUCCUCAUUCGACUUGCCUUGGAACUUUCUUUACUCGGGUCGCUGGCUUGUAUAGGUCCAGGCUGUGCUAGCAUGUUAGCAAGAAUCAAGAGUUCCUGGUAUUUCAUUUUGACCUUUUUCCCCCCCCCCCUAAAUUUAGUUUUAAUUCAACUUUAGAACAGGUAUAAAAUAUUGUCAUUUUUAUUUGACCAAAAUGCUUUGUUUGAGUUAGUUUUUAUUAGUUGUAGUACUUUUUUGCUAAGUAUAUAAGGUAUUUAUCAAGUGCAAGAUAAAUAUAUGAGGUCAUAAAUUAAACUACUGUUGUCAAACGACAAAGAGCAAUGAAACAUUUUAAAAUGAAAACCAAAAGUGAAUGUAUAUUAAUCAACCCAAAAAAAAAAAUUAUAUAAUGUAUGAUACAGUUUUAAUUUUCAUUUCUGUCUUGUUUUUUCUGGUUGUUUUUUUUUUGUUCAUGAAAAUGCUUCAAUUCUAAUUCAUCAGUUUUCGUUAAUUAUAAUAACCUUGUUCGCUACUUUGACAUGUUUUGUUUUACUGUGAUUCUACUAAAAGGGAAAAGUCGGGUGAUUCAAGCAAUGCUUUGCCGGUAAUAAAUAACAUGUUGCAAUCGACAAUUGCACUAAUUGAAGGCCAAACUGGCUGGAUGUAAAUGCGUAUUUUUCUAUUGAGUAAAAGCUCUGACAAAGGGGGAUAUGGCUUGCUGCUGCAAACAGUGGUGAAUGCAAAUUCUCUCUGUUGUAUUAAUGACUUUUGGUACAAUGAAUGUUGAAUGAGGCAUUUUAUGUUGAGACUGUUUUGUGAAGUCUUUAUUUUGCCAAUAAAGACGGAUUCAAGUGUC